AUUUUACAUGAAACAGAAUCAUUAAGCUUAUGCUUCAAUAUGAUAUAAUUAAUGAUACAAUAUUUUGUACUUACAAAUAAGAAUACUAAGUUCCUAAAAAAAUAAAUGAAAAGUAAAUAGAAGGAGCACAGUACAAAACUAAAUUUGACUUCGCAGUUCCCAAACAGGGGAGGAUAGUACAGGCAGUGGAAGUAGUGGUGGUGAAGGCAGUCUCAGCAUGAAAGGUAGUAGGCAAAAAUCACCAGGAACUGUGAUUCGAGUAGAUGCUAUGGAUGAAUCAAAUACCAAUUUAAUCACUGCCGAACAAGAUGAGUUUGUGCCAAAUAUUCAUCUACCAACUGAUGAUGAUGGAGAACAAUAUCAUGCAACACAAUCGUUCCUAUCAAAUGGCUCUUCUGAGUUAAUAACUGAUGAUGUUGACUCUAAUUCUGCUCGUGUUUGUCAAGCAAUUGAGAACAUUCAAAAUAAAAUUGCUAAAACACGAGAACUUAUAAGAAUAGAACAAACCACACGUGAUGAAAAUGUCAAUGAAUAUUUAAAAUUAGCUGCAAAUGCAGAUAAACAGCAGCUUACCCGAAUCAAAGCAGUAUUUGAGAAAAAAAAUCAAAAAUCAGCGCACAGUAUUUCUCAACUUCAAAAAAAAUUAGAUAGUUACACAAAAAAAUUAAAAAAUUUUGAGUUGAAUGGUGCACCUACAAGUCAUAGACAACCUCGAGAAGUACUUCGUGAUAUGGGACAAGGACUCAAAAACGUGGGUGGCAAUAUUAGAGUUGGAAUCAGUGGUUUUUCAGGAAGUGUAAUGUCCAAACCAAGAGAAUUUGCACAUUUAAUAAAAAAUAAGUUUGGUAGUGCUGAUAACAUAAAUACUUUAUCUCAUGGCUCGACUUUUUAUGUAAACGAUACACCGCGUGCAGGUAAUGGAGAUAACGCUAGUGUUGAAGAUGAAAAAGCUCAUCAUGGUUCAGCGACACUUCCUGGUGGAUGUAGUUUGGGAUCAACUCAUAGUGCUGCAGCAAUGAAAUUUCCAUCCGAAGAAGGAUCCGAAUGUUCUAGUGUUACAAGCGAAAGCGGACCUGGCAGUAGGGGGCAAGCACAUACAUGUCACAAUAGUAAUAAUGCUGCACUUAGUCUCAAAUCUAUUUUCUCAGAGCUACAAGAACAUAGAGAAAAUCUGGAGAGAAUGAAAGAUAAAUUAGAAGGUUUAAAGAGUUUACAACAAGAAGUGACAUAUCUUUCCCAUGCUUUACAAGAGGAACGUUUUAGAUGUGAGCGUCUAGAAGAACAAAUUAAUGAUUUGACUGAGCUGCAUCAAAAUGAAGUAGAAAACUUGAAACAGACUAUAACAGAUAUGGAAGAAAAAGUGCAAUAUCAAAGUGAAGAUCGUUUAAGAGAUAUACAUGAAAUGUUGGAAAGUUGUCAAACUAAAAUUUGUAAAAUGGAACAUCAACAACAGCAACACCAACAAUAUGUCACUUUAGAGGGUUUGGAUAAUAGUAAUGCAAGAGCAUUGGUUGUAAAGCUUAUAAAUGUGGUAUUGACUGUGUUGCAAGUUAUUCUACUUCUUGUUGCAACAGGUGCUGGUAUAAUGAUGCCUUUUCUUAGGACUAGUUGUACUAAGCCUCAUUGUUUCAUGUGCAGGGUGCGCAUAUUAACUACUACGCUUGUUGUAUUGGGCAUAGUAUUUGUGCUCAAACAAUGGCCUGAGGUUCACGACGUCGGCAGUCACCUCAUGCGCCAUCUUAAACAGACGCUCGCUGUUAAGUAGCACAUUGGUUAUUCUAGGGUAUAUUUAAAUUAAUCAUACCCUGUAAUGAAGAAAAAUUGUACACAAUGAUCAACAUUUUGGACCUAUUUAUGUGCUGUAGUUUUGGAGCAAUAAUAGUAGGUAUAUGCGCAAAUGACUUUAUUUAUAUUUUAAAUUCGACAUUCACCAUUACUAUAUUAAAUCAGAUGAAUGAUCAAAUCUAUUUGAUACUGUUAACAGAAUUACAAUACAUAAAACAUAUUUUGCUGUGCAAAAAUGUUUCACUUAUGAAGGAGAGAUUUUCUAGAAACGAUAAAUGCAAAGUAUCAUUUAUCUCUUGUGCAAGUAUUAUAAAUUUAUUUACGAUCUUUUUAUUUUUACUUGAGCAAUUUUGUUAAAAAAGAAAAAAUAAAGAGAAAUAUACGUAUUUACUAUUUAAUAUUACUUGCGCGCGAAUAAAACAAAAA